CAUGCGAAUCAUCCUACUCCUUCUAGCUCUCACCGCCUUCUCGGUUGCCUCCCCGGAGUGGAAAGCGUUGUUUGACAUCCAAUCAAAGCUGAUCCUUAGCGCCUACCGUAACCGGGCACCGGCAACUCUUUAUUCGCUUAUUCCAGUUGGACAUGACAUCGACCGCUACCUCGGACCGAACGAUGUGAGACGAGUGCAAAUUCUGAGCGCUCACGGUUCAUCUCGAUGGGCUCGCGCUCUGGCUGCAAUCACAGAGUACGACGGCUUCGCUCCAAAGUUCAACUAUGCACUCCUUGACCUUACUCAGAGCCCGACUAGCCCGACCGGAUACACAAUGUCCAAGGGAUUCAUCUGCACACAUAUCAUGUGCGAGGGAGAGUGGCCACCACCGCAAUAACUAUUUGAAAAUGUUCGAAAAAAUGUUUUUAUUCAAUU